AUAAGGAGUCUAAGGCAAAGCUAAAGUGGUUCGUAUGCCUACUUUACCCACUUGACGAAAGGGAACGAACUUUGUUUCGUUUCCGGGUUUAUGGAUUGGAUUCAGUCAGCGUCACGACAUAAUCAAAAGGAAGGAGUGACACUUACCGGCGAACCAAAGGGAAUUCCUAUUCACUUACUUGAAUAAGUAAGGAAAGAAGUAACUAUCAAAGAACUCACACGACUGAAGUACCAAAGGUGCGCUCCGCCCGAUGACUAAGAAAUAGGGUUGGGCUUGAAUUGAAGUGAUGAGGUCGCAAAGAGGAAAGUAGGGCUCCUAUUGACUAAAGGUUGCUUUUUCGGGUUCCUUUAGAAUGAAAGUAGCUUACGCUACCUUACUACUUACUUUGUUUUAUUCAAAGGGCGAACAGCCCCCCAACUAGUCGUAUGGGGGGGUGCUUGUGGUAAGCUGCCUUGGAUAGGAAGAAUUCCUAAAAAGAAAAAAAAGGCAAAGUCCGGUAUUUGACGAAGAUCUUCCUUUCUAUCAAUAGAUAGGAAUGAGUGUUCGAUAUAGGGGAUAAGAUCUAUCUGGUCUUUUUCUUUAUUUUUUUUCAUGGCAUAGCUAGGACCCUUCAAAUCAUGUUUGAGCCUAUGUUCAAACCAAACCCACUCCCUAUUUGAAGUAAGGCCGGAAGCCCGCCAAGUUCAGAUAAGAGAAUGCUUUUCUCUAACCAUUAAGGGAAAGGCUCGACGAAGGUUGUUUACUUGCUUACUUGAACAAGUAAGGAAGGAAAGGGCUUUCGGAGAUCGAUAUUUUCUUAGUUUUUCAUCGAAAACGAAGAAGACCGAGAAUGUCAAUCUUUCUUUCGAAAGAAGGGAACGCGCUUUUUCGACCGCGGUGGUAUGAUUUUCGGGCCUUCUCCUCGUUCCGCUCGCUGGCCUAUUGGGAUAGCAGCCUUUGGGCUUUGCCUGCUCUUUUUUAAAAAUUUAAUAAAGAAUUCCGACUCGGCCCGGGAAAGCGCUGGCAACAACAGAAAGGAAGGGGUCCAUGUAGCUGCUGCGUCCGCUCCCUUCUUAGUCAAUAGAGCAGCAGGUUCGGCAUCUACUACAAAAGAUAGAAUCCACUUCAGAUAACCACGCCUCUCCUAGGCAGCGUGUGGAAUGGCCGAGAGCGGACCUUUUUGGAUAUAUAAUCCAAGUCGAGAGUGGAGUUACGGGAACAGCCGUCUGAUGGAAAACAACUUUCACGUUCGGUUCAGAGAGCACUUUUUUCGUUGAGAAUUCUUCGUUCCCUUUCGUGUGAAUUCCCUAGCAGCGAAUUAAAAACUUUUGGGGCCCUAUCUAUUCCAUCUAUCGAGCCCCGAAGAAAACCUACCUCCCCUUCGGACUCAAUCUCUUUUUUGACUCUAUAUAUGUGGGCACCGGAUAUCUAUGAGGGUUCACCCACCCCGGUUACAGCAUUCUUUUCUAUUGCGCCUAAAAUAUCUAUUUCUGCUAAUAUUUUACGUGUUUUUAUUUAUGGUUCCUAUGGAGCUACAUUGCAACAAAUCUUCUUUUUCUGCAGCAUUGCUUCUAUGAUCUUAGGAGCACUGGCCGCCAUGGCCCAAACGAAAGUAAAAAGACUUCUAGCUCAUAGUUCAAUUGGACAUGUAGGUUAUAUUCGUACUGGUUUCUCAUGUGGAACCAUAGAAGGAAUUCAAUCACUACUAAUUGGUCUCUUUAUUUAUGUAUCAAUGACGAUAGAUGCAUUCGCUAUAGUUUCAGCAUUACGGCAAACACGUGUCAAAUAUAUAGCGGAUUUGGGCGCUCUAGCCAAAACGAAUCCUAUUUCGGCUAUUACCUUCUCUAUUACUAUGUUCUCAUACGCAGGAAUACCCCCGUUAGCCGGCUUUUGUAGUAAAUUCUAUUUGUUCUUCGCCGCUUUGGGUUGUGGGGCUUACUUCCUAGCCCCAGUGGGAGUAGUGACUAGCGUUAUAGGUUGUUGGGCGGCCGGAAGGUUGCCACGAGUAAGUCAGUGGGGACCGAAGGCAGUUCCCCGUGCACCGGACACGUAGCUUACCGUAUCAGUUGCGACACGGAUGGGAAUGCAUGCUACGAAAGAUAGGGUCGAGUCUGAUACAUCAACCGUCUGUCUACUCAAUAUCCUUGUACGAGUCCACAAUCACUACACGAGAUGAACCCUGGGUU